AUGAAGCUCUUUGGAAAGGAAUUGUCAAAGUUGUUCAAUCGGGAGAUGAAAACUAAAAGAUUGUAUGCGGAAUUUAAGGACUUUGUGAGAUUGCCUCUGUUUUUCUAUCACAUAAUUGGCUUCAAUCCCUAUGCAGAAGACAAGAAAGAUGGACGAUCCAGUAACAAUUGGCUUUGGAUAUUAUUCUUUAUCCAUAUGGGUGCAUUGAAUUUUGUGCUGGGUUGCGAAAUUAUCUUUGCUAUUGAUCAAUUUAUGAACGGAAGUUUUGUGGUUGCUUGCGAAACCUUGGGAUACAUUGGAUUCGUUGCUGUGUCUGAUCUUAAGAUCAUUGCCGUCUAUUUUCGUCGAGCAACUUUGAGUAAUCUUGUUCAUCAGAUGGAUUCGAUAUUUCCCAAAAACCACGAGCAUAAAGAUUAUGAUGUUAGUCGGUAUCUAACACGUUGUCGGCUGCUCACAAAAAGCUUUAGUGUGCUUUAUAUUGUUCUUAUAUCCCUCUACAAUAUGGUCGCAUAUUUUCAAUAUGUUAUAGAUCGUUAUAUUCAAAACUCACCGGAUGCUGAGCGAACGAUGCCCUAUGUGCCAAAUGUACCAUGGAAUUGGCAUAAUAGUAAUUGGGGAUUCUAUGGGACUUAUUUCCUACAGUCAUGGGCAGCUUGUGUAUCCUCAGUGGGUCAUAUAUCUGCCGAUUUAAUGAUUUUUUCUGUAGAAAUUCAAGUCCUUAUGCACUUUGAUUAUCUUUCGAAGAGUCUGCUAGAGUUUCCCAUACAGGCUGAAAAUGGUGCCAAUAUCGAAGGAGCGAAUAGAGACUUGUCGAAGUUGCAGCAUCUAAUUGCGUAUCACAAUAAAAUUCUAGGUCUUAUCGAUUUGAUAAACGAGGUAUUCGGUCGACCAUUGUUGCUUAAUUUCUUAACCUCUUCGGUGGUCGUGUGCUUGGUGGGCUUUCAGAUGACCAUUGUUCUAAGUCCUGAACAAGUUGUAAAGCUCACUCUCUACUUGAUCUCGGCCAAUGUUGAAAUAUAUCUAAUUUGUUACUUUAGUCAGUUAUUAAUCGAAGCGAGCGGUGGAGUGGCCCUUGCUGUAUAUGAUAUGAAUUGGACCAUAGCAGAUCAUCGUGUUCGCAAAAUGCUUGUCCUUGUGGCUCAGCGUGCUCAGAAGCCUGUCUUUUUGAAAGCCACCGUUUUCUUGGAUAUUUCCAUGGAAACCAUGAGCACGUUUCUAAGAAUGUCGUACAAGUUCUUUUGUGCCAUACGAACCAUGUAUCAGUGAGAAUUUCAAAUGUCCAUCUAUAACUUAUCUAUA